AUGUACAAAUAUUUUUAUUUAUUUUAUCUUGUCUUUGUCUGUGUGAUAACCUGGCAACCCUGCUUUGGAAUUACAAGGAAAGAUCAUGAAUAUUUAUUGAGACCCAGAUGUACUUCGAGAUGUCUGUCCAGAGAGGCGAAAAGAAUUUUGAGCGAAAGAUAUUUUGAAAGAAAUGGAACAAAAUCAUCGAUAUCAGCAAAAGACGUCAUGAAGAAUUGUGCUGCAACAUCAGAGCGUAAAGAUUGCUAUCUCUGCUUGCGACCUUGUCAAAGACUUUUCAGUGAUGUGGCAAACUGUAUGGAAUUAUGCAACGGCGAGAUUAAUUGCAUGUACAGCUGCGCUUUCCUAAGCGAUAUGAGCCAAGAUAAGAUGGGGUACUGCAGCGCACCAACCGAUUUCGAUUUCGCAGUGAGAGUGACGUACUGGGCCAGUAAUUCGUCUUACACUCUGACACCGGGGAAGAGAGAUCGCGGAAGAAAUUCAAGAUCAUGUAACUCUGAAUGCAGAACGGAUUUUGACUGUUUAUCCAGCAAAAAGUGUUGCAACGUGGACUGUGCACCUGCCUGCAGACGAGCAGUUAUACGCAAGACUUGGGUACCCUGCCUUCCAACGGCGGAGAGUGUAACGAUUACAGAAAAAACAAACGCUGAGAUUCAGUAUGCUGAGCUAUCAUGGACUACGAAAAGAAAGAACGAUCCCUGCACGAUCUACCUUGUUCAAGAGAAAUCAACGAUCGCUAAGACGAAGCCAAAGUUUAGGAAAUAUGGAUGGAAUACGAUACACGAGACAACAGACGACCGAAUAGCGUUGAUGCAUCUGAAACACGGUUGGUGGUACAAGUAUAGAAUAGCAGCCGUAAACACAAACGGUACGAGAGGAUUCACGAAAGAAACGAAACCUUUUUCACUAUCUGGAGAUCCUCGUCCACCGCCAAGCCCAACUCGCCUCGAAUUAUCACGGAUUCGGAUUCGUUCUGGUGCAAGAUACAACAUACUGACUGUGUGGAAACUGGCAACGGACAUACAGAGUGAUCUUCCAAUAAAAGGAUUCUACAUUACUGUUCGCAACAAACAGAAAACUUCAAAAAUAAUCAAAGAAGACAGAAAAUUUGUUCGUUUCACAAAAUCAAUGCAAUCAAGCGGAACGGUAUUUUGGGUCACAUGGAUAACAGGCCUCCGCAUGUUUAUCCCAUAUGAGAUUUCUGCUGCCUCAGCAUCGCAUUGGGAGAACGAACUCCUGAUCAGUCCAAGAGCAGUUAAUAUCACUUUGCAAUUUCCUCCGUCUCGACCAACAGAAAUUGUCAGAAACUUAAAGAUAAAUCUUCCCUUUAUUACAUGGAAUGGCACGGUGUCAGUUAACGUAACUUGGGACUUCUGGUACACAGAGGCGCCCGCCGAUCUUGUCAGAUUUCGACUAUGCCUUGAGACUGUCAAAUGUUAUUCUGGAAAUAAUAGAAAUGUGAAAAUGUGGACAAUAGAAGCGCGUAAAUUCUACCUUCUGAAUGAGCUAGAUUUUGCCUGUGAAUACGAAGUUACUGUUCAAGCCUUAUACGGGACAUUUCGACACCAAGCAAGCCAAGUCGUCUCACAUUGCUUCCGGACGCCACCUUGCGGUCUCAAGCAUGAGCUUGUUUUAACCGGAACAAAAUUGUCUACCGAUGUGGCCGCGUCGUGUCCAACUGCAAACAAAAAGAAGAAUCCAAUUUAUUUCACUCGAUUUCACUUUUAUCAAAUACUGAAAUUAAUGGAGAACGAAAGAUAUUCAGCAGAAUUGCAAUGGAGUCCACCACGAUAUAAGUCAACCUACGAAACCGUGUUUUUGUACAUUUGCUUUGACGAUAAUACACCGUUGCAAUGGAUAUAUUUGCCCGUCAAGGAGACAAGCUGCAUCUUACGCUCUUUACCACCAUCUAGAGGUUACAUAAUACGGUUCGUCACUGUCUCGAGAGGUCAGGCUGAACUAACUUCAACACACUAUCUGAGCACUCCUGGUCUGCCAAAGCGCCAAAUCUCUCAACAAUAAUAACUAUUUAUUGCCUUGUCUAUAUGUGAAUAAUAAAAGGUACUCG